AUGGCGUUGCUUCAUGCUGCCUCCGUGUCGCUCUCUCCCUUUGCUGCUCUCGGGACCCCACUGGAUCGCCAUCCCCGAUACAAGCUCUCUCUGUCAAGCUUUACCUCCUCCUAUGGCGGCCUCCGCCUCUCCGCCGCGCCGAGGUCCGCGGUGGCGCGCGGCAGCCGCCCGCCAAGGGCGACUCCGCUCCGCGGCUCCUCUGCCUCUGCCAGCAGCAGCGAUCGCGGCGCCUCGGCCGGCGACGGCGCGCCGUUGCGUCAAAACGCGCUGACGAACUUCAGCCCUCUCACAACGGGAGUGGCGACCGGAAAAGCGGCUCAAUGCGUCCCUGUCGACCUGCGGCUGGCCGUGCUGCUGGGCGGAUUAGCGUUUGAGGCGUACUCGACUCCGGAGCAGGGGAGCGAUAAGCUCUCAGAUAAGGACGGCCAGGGGUGCGAAGCUCUCUUCACCUCCACGCCCUUCGCCCACGAGCUCUUUCAGGGGCAGCUCUCCGUGCGAGAACUGAGGGCCACCGGGAACAUCAUGGCGCGCCAUGCUGAGCUGGCGCUGGUGACGUCAGCAGGGAAGCCCGCCACGUGGAAUGGCGUCGCUUGCACCAGCAAGGCUGAAAACCUGAUGAACCCAUCGUGGCCCGAACAACUGCAGCUGCUGGUGCCUCGUGCUUCUCCCUCUGACACCUACUUUCAGGUCUUCUUUCAGAUCAACUUGCACUAUUGGAAUGCUGACAAUGACGAUGACGACACAAACGAUUAUGUGGUUGGCACGGCCACCAUUGCCCUCAAUGACUUGAUCAAAGGUUCAAACACCCAAAUUCCCGAGGUCGUAGGGCUUACGCUGACUCACGACGACAAAAAGACAGGCAGUGUUUCCAUGGAGGUGGGCUAUACAAGCUUCUCCGAUCCUCGCAAGAGCCUCCCUGCCCUCCCCACCCACCCCAGCUUCGAGCCUCUCCCCAUCCUCCAGAAGCUUAUUGACGCCCCGCUUCCCAAGUCCGCAACAGUACCCCAGGCAGGCUCAAAAGCUGUAGACGAAGCAGCAGCCUAUGGGCUCACACUCACGGACCAACGGGCAGUUGAAACUCUUUUUUCCAGUGGAGCUGAUGCCGUGAAGCUCGCCGCCUGGGAGAACCUUUCGCGGGCAGCUGCGGGCGAGCAGCAGGAAUUCUUCAAGUCGGCGUUUGAGUGCGUGUGUUUUCUGAGCGGUGACAGGACGGACACUCAGGUGUUCGUGUGGAGGGACAAGGACCCGCUGAGGAAGAGGCUAGUGGUGGCGUUCCGAGGCACUGAGUUUGAUCUCCAGAAGUUCAAGAUUUCGUGGAUGGAUGUUCUGACCGACUUUAGGCUUUGGGAGAACCCGUUCGACUCAGAUCUAACGGAAGAGGACAACAAGGCAGGUGUUAAGGUGCACCGUGGCUUUCUGAACAGCUACAAGUCCGUGACGCCGCGCCUCAUUCCGCUGCUCAAAGCAAUCCUCUCCUCCUCCAACGAAAAGUAUCACAUCAUGGUCACGGGGCACAGCCUGGGGGCCGCUCUCUCCACGAUCUUCACAUAUGACCUGGCCCAGUCCGACUUCAAGAAGCAGAACGGUUUCACCCUCUCUCUCUACAACUUCGGCUCUCCCCGUGUGGGCAACCGUAACUUUGCUGCUCGCUUCUACCAGGUGGUGGGAGACAGCUGGCGCAUUGCCAACGAUUUGGACGUAGUGACGCGCGUGCCUUAUGCGUUGGUGCCGUUCUUUCCUCACCUUUCAUACAAGCACGUGGCCUCGGGGGUUGAGUUUCGCCCCGACUCGCAGAAGUUAGACAAGGAUGAGCUUCUGAAGAAGCGCAUCAAUAACAUCGAAUCAAGCGAGAAGUUCCUGCUUCCAUUCUUUGACGGUGCCAGCACCCGCAUGCACGAGCAGCAGGCUUAUUUCCUCUCUCUGCUCAAG